AUGACUGGUGAAAAUGAAAGCAAUGAAUUGCUUUCAUUUUCAGAACUUUAUGGCUCUAUUCUUGAUAGGAGAAUUAUUCAAUCUUUGACUAAUAAUAAUUAUUUAGUACCAACCAAAGUGCAAAUUGAGGUAAUUAAAAAGAUUAUUGAGGGAAAGGACUUGUUAAUUAACUCUUAUACUGGUUCAGGAAAAACAUUAGCUUAUGCAAUUCCUAUUUGCCACAGCUUAUUAAAUAUGCCAAAGAAAUCAGCUAGUAAAGUAUAUUCAUUAGUUUUGGUACCUUCGAGAGAAUUGGUAAUUCAAACUUAUGAAGUUUUUGAACAAUUAUUGGUGUUCUGUGAGAACAGUAUUUCUAUUGGAACAGUUUUCAAUGCAGACGACAAUUUGUUACACAAAGGGAAAGAUUUGAGGCUCAGUAAUUUUCGUAAUAACAUAUUAGUUUCCACUCCUGGAGAUAUUUUAAGUGCCAAAGGAAUGAAGUCCAAGGAAUCUAUUUUUCAGAAUAUUCUUCAUUUAGUAAUUGACGAGGCGGACUUGUUAUUUGCUUUUGGCUAUGAUAAGGAUAUGAGCAAAGUUCUUGACUUGCUUCCAAAUUCUCAAGAUAAAAAGUAUCAAUGUAUAUUACUUUCUGCAACAUUAAACAAGGAAGUAGACUCUCUGAAGAAAAUGGUUCUUCACAGACCUAUUUUUGUUGAUAUUAAGCCAGAAUUAAGAGAAGAUGAUUUUGAUGGAGAAAGUAAUGAUUCAAAGCAUCUGACUUCAGGAAUAUUGAGUGAAUACUACACAAUUUGUAACAGUAUGGUAGAUAAAUGGUUGAUGUUGUAUAUACUUUUGAAGAUGAAUGUAAUUCCUCGAAAAUGCCUGAUUUUUGUAUCUGAAGUUGACACAGCCUACUCAAUUAAGGUCUUUCUAGAAAGGUUUGGAAUGAGUUGUGGUGUUCUCACUCCAAUUAUUCCUGCUGCAACAAGGAGAAUGUUAAUACAAUGUUUUAACCAAGGAAGCUAUGACAUAUUGGUGACAAGCGAUACAAUCAACGAAAAGGAUGAAUCAAUAUUAAGUGUUUUAAAAGAUAAUUCAAUAACCUAUAGGGGUGUAGACUACAAGGAAGUUGCUUCUGUAUUCAAUUUCGAUUGCCCAAGCAGUGUUAGAUCCUAUAUUCAUCAUAUUGGUAGAACUGCCAGAGGCGGUGCUUCAGGAGUUUCAAUAACUAUUAUAAAUAGCAACAUACCCAAUGAAAUGGAGGUAUUGGAUGAGCUUCUUAACGACAAAAACCGAAAAAUGAAUAAAUUGAAGAUUACUUCCGAAGAAGUUGCUUGCUUUAGAUAUAGAAUUGAAGAUUGUAUGAGGAUUUUAACAAAGAGCAAUAUUCAAAAACACAAAUUACAGGAAAUACAAGGGCUUAUAUUAAAUAAUACCCGUCUUCUUAAGUCUGGCUAUUUCAAUAAACACCCAGGAGAUAAAAGUGUACUUAAGUCUUACCAUAAACAUAUUACCAAUGCUUUAAAUGUUUCAAGCUCAGGAAGAGAACACAUUAAAAAUAUUCCUGGAUAUUUAUAUGACAUGGUUAAUAGCAAUAUUUCCAGUAAUUCUGAUUCUGUUGUAGAUUCUUCGUCUUCCAUGCCUAAUAUCUUAAUGGAUGGUGUACUUUCUAAUACUAGUAGUAGUAAUCACGGCACUAAUUUGACAGAAAAGGUACAGGAAGCUAUUCGAAGAAUGGGCGGAAAAGAUUUUCAAUUUGUUAAAGAAAAUAAUUUGAAUCCAAUGAAUAUAAACAAAACUGGAAAUUCAAGUGGAAACAAGAAGAGAAUUAUAACAAGAAAGUCUCAGCUUAAAAAGGAACCAAAAUCUUACGAAGGCACUGUUCCAGAUGAGCUUCCAGCUAUUUCAGGCCGUAAGUUAUGGAAGCUUAAACACAAAAAACAUGUUAAAAAGUACAAGGAUUUUAUAGAUGAUAAUAAAUAUAAGAGGAAAAAGGGAGUAAGAAGAUAA